UUACCGUGGCAAAUUGUUGUUUUAGUGCAGAAAUAGUGAAGGGACCUGAGCGGACUUUUUAAAUAAUAAUAAUUCUGUGAUGCCACACCAUUGCCAUGGUAAUUUUAGUACAUCAUGUCAAGAAAAGCUGUUUGCUUUUUGACUAGAGAUCAGAAGUAAGGCCAAAUCCUCAUUACUGAAGUAUGAACCCAGCAUGUAAUUACUGUAAUUAAUGUUUUUUUUAGCUGGAAAAGAGAAACCCAUUUUUGUCCAAAAAUUUACACCAUGUCUGUGUAAAUUUGACUUUUUUCAUGGAUAUUUUCUCAAUAAUAUAACAACUUUCCUAAUUCUUUCAUUAUUGUAGGAUUAACUGAUGGAUUCCUAGUUAAAUGCCACCAAUGGUUUUGUUUCCUCGUCUGUGCGCAACCCAAGAAGCCCUGCAGUCCAGGGAAUGUUGCCCGCCUUGGCAAGGAGACGGCUCGGCUUGUGGGGCCAGAUCAGGCAGGGGCUCGUGUGAAGAUGUGAGCGUGUCAGACCAGCCAGAUGGACCCCAGUACCCCUUCUCUGGGUUGGACGACCGUGAAAAAUGGCCCUUAGUUUUCUUCAACAGAACUUGUCAGUGCACAGGAAACUUCAUGGGCUUCAAUUGUGCAGAUUGUAAGUUUGGCUACUUUGGGGAGCGCUGUAGUGAAAGAAGAGAAUCUCUCAGAAGAAAUGUUUUCCACCUGACCAGAGCUGAGAGAAACAGGUUUGUGUCAUACCUGAACUUGGCCAAGCAAACACUCAGCAGUGACUAUGUUGUGGCGACAGGAACCUACAGGGAGAUGCAGAAUGGCUCCAACCCAUUGUUUGCAAAUGUUACCAUCUAUGAUGUGUUUGUCUGGAUGCAUUAUUAUGUGUCCCGGAAUGCACUCUUAGGCGGCCCGGGGAACGUUUGGGCCAACGUGGACUUUGCUCAUUGGGCACCUGCCUUUUCUCCCUGGCACCGUGUUUACUUGCUGCACUGGGAGCAUGAGAUCAGGAAGCUGACUGGAGACACCACUUUCUCAAUUCCGUAUUGGGACUGGAGGGACGCCCAGGGCUGUGAUGUGUGCACGGAUGAACUGAUGGGGAGCCGCAGUCCCCUGGAUCCAAAUCUCAUCAGUCCAAGCUCUGUCUUCUCCUCUUGGAAGGUCCUGUGCUCCCAAGCUGAGGAAUACAACAACAGAGGAGUACUGUGUGAUGCCAGGGAGGAAGGCCCAGUGCAGCGUAACCCUGGAAACCAUGACCGUAAUUUGGUAGCGCGAAUACCAACUUCAGCAGAGGUGGAGUUCACCCUCAGUCUUCCCAACUAUGACACCGAACCGAUGGACCGCACUGCCAACAUGAGCUUCAGGAACACUCUGGAAGGAUUUGGGGAUCCCCAAACUGGGUUGGGUAGCAGUUCUCGUCUGGGUAUGCAUGCCGCUCUGCACGUAUUCAUGAAUGGAUCCAUGUCCUCGGUGCAGGGUUCUGCAAACGACCCCAUAUUUCUUCUUCACCAUGCUUUUGUCGACAGUAUUUAUGAGCAAUGGCUCAGGAGGCAUAAUCCAGAUCCAUCCCAGUAUCCACAGGCCAAUGCUCCUAUAGGGCAUAAUGGUGACUACUACAUGGCACCAUUCAUACCUCUCCAUCAAAAUAAAGAGUAUUUUAUUUCCAGCAAAGACCUUGGAUAUGAGUACUCUCACCUGCUAGAUACUAACCAGAGACUUUCAGAAUCCUUGCGCCCCUACCUGGAGGAGCUGCGUGAAACGUGGCCCUGGAUGCUGUGUGCAGCCCUUUGCGGCGUGAUCGUGACAAUGGCUGUCGCUGUUGCUGUUCAAAUUGUGAAACAAAGAUACAGAGGAUCAUCUUGGCCUCAAGGGAGGAGCUGGAGAGGUGGAUUUGUUCUCCCGGAAAGACAGCCUUUAAUCCGCAGCGAUGAAAAAAGCAACAUCAACCACCCAAACUACCAAACGGCCAUGUGAAGACUUCAUUCCAAUGCUAAAGAUUUUUCAUUCCAGCUUUGUGAAUUAUAAAGGAUAGACCUUAGGUACAAAGUCUGUAAUUACUGGCUUUUUAAGACACUGUGAAGGAACCUCAGAUGGAAAAUUCUGCAUUAAAACCUGAGCAUUUUCACCCCAAAAUCCUACAACUUUAGAAAUUCUCUCCAUUGAAACGCGGUACGAUAUUUGCAGCUUGGAAAAAGACAUUUGCAACCUGACAAAAAUGUGACUGCCCGUGAUAGGAGGUUCUCAAAGGAAUCCAAAAUGAAAGAUGUUAAGAAAUUAAGAUCUGAUACUUGUACAGCAUUAGCAUGACUAACUUCAGUUACAUCACUGUGAACAAAAAACUACUUAAGGGGGUUUGUACCAUUUAUUUUUCACUUGAAAUCAACAUUUAUGUGUAUGACUUUGGGUAAAGUAGCCAAAAAUUACACCCAAAUACUAUAUGAAAGUACUUAAGUAGAAAGUCAUUAUUACUUAAAAAUAAAAAUGUAACAGAAACAACUCUCAGGUACUAAAUAUUUGUUGCUUGGAACCUCAGAACACAAUGUAAUUUCUUAUGUCCACAUUAAAUAAAAAAAUUAAUAAAAGG